AUGGAACACGGCAUUUUCCCCGACCGGUUUGGGAAGUUCUCCCCGAGCUUCUUCUCCCAGGCCCAACGCCGCCGUGAACAGCCACAGCACCAAUCAACUGGCGCCAGCGGACACCCAGACGAUUCGACAGAUCGGACCACCGCCAAAUUCUUCCAGCACACAUCGGCUCCCCGUAUCUCUUCCGACGCUGUCAUUGCUGCGUCUCUCAAGCGCCAGUACCCUUCACUUCAAUUGACUACCGUGCCCGUGGACAAUGUCGACAUUCUGGCUUAUGCCUCCAACGUCCCUGACGAUGUCGCAAGUUUCCAUCAGGUGGAACCGGAGUCCUCUGUAUUUCCGGCCGACCUGAAAUGGAACUAUUACCUCCCGCCCGCCAGGCGACUGGACGGUUCCAAAGGGGGCAUUGCCACGGAUUUGCACUUUGGCAAAUUCCUGUAUCGUUACAAGGGUGCAGAGUUCAUUGUGUAUCUGGCUGAAUGUCGAGACGGAUCGAGUUAUUAUCCCCCUAUCGUCAACUACUACAUUCUGUCUUCUCCUCCCGAGGUCCACUUGGUUGAGAGUUUGUUGAUGACUGCGGGGCAUUCGGCGUUUGAGCUCAAGGAUGAGAUCUGGGUCUUCGAUGGAGGGUGGUGGCAAAAGUCGAGGGAGCUGUUUGACAGCGUCCAAAAGUCGAGCUGGGACAAUGUCAUCUUGGAUGAAGACAUGAAGAAAGCGCUGAUUGACGACCACACGAGCUUCUUUGCCUCCAGGGGCCAGUAUGAAAGGCUCAAGGUGCCUUGGAAAAGAGGACUUAUCUACUGGGGUCCUCCCGGGAACGGAAAGACGAUCAGCAUCAAGGCCAUGAUGAAGACGCUUAGUGAGAGGGAGGAGAAGGUGCCGUCGUUGUACGUGAGAAACUUUGUUUCGUAUGGCGGCCCUGAAUACGCCAUCUCCAUGAUCUUUGCCAAAGCAAGGCAGUAUGCGCCUUGCUACCUGAUCUUUGAGGAUCUCGACUCGCUGGUGACAGAUGGCGUGCGAAGCUACUUUUUGAACGAGAUUGAUGGUCUCAAGAGCAAUGAUGGCAUCUUUAUCGUGGGCAGCACGAACCAUCUGGAAAGACUGGACCCCGGCCUUUCGAAACGUCCCUCUAGAUUCGACAGAAAGUACUUCUUUCCGGACCCCAAUCUGGAGCAGCGCGUCGCAUACUGCAAAUUUUGGCAAGGCAAGCUGAAGAGCAACAAAGACCUCGAGUUUCCCGACAGCCUGUGCAAAGCUAUUGCCGAGAUCACGGACGGCUUCAGCUUCGCCUACAUCCAAGAGGCGUUUGUGGCGGCGCUGCUUGUCAUUGCAAGAGAUUCGGAGACGUUAGAUCUUGGCUCCGCCCUGGAGGUGGGAUCAGAGGACGACUGGGUCAGCGUUGAUGUCCCUGAUAGCAAUGGUGGUGGCGACGACACCGACUUGGAGAAGCUGAUCUUGUGGGUGGAGAUCAAGAAGCAGAUCGAGAUUCUGAGGCAAGGAAUGGGGGAGGAGAGGCAGCGGAGGGUUCGGUUUCAGUAG